AUGGAACUCAAAGCAGAUUUAAGCUUAAUUGUGGUAUUUAGUGACUCAUAUCUAACAGAAUCGGAGCGCUUAUGCGGCUUUCCCGGUCUUUGUCCAAAUUUUAAUCACAUCAUAUUGUUCUGUAGAUAUAACCUUGCCAACGAGUGUGUCGAAAUGCUGAAUCUUCAAAAGCGGAUCAAUGGAAUCGAUGACAAUAAAAAGUAUAUGGAGACAAGGAUCGCAAUCCGAGAGAAGCUUUUAUCUCAAGAGAUCAAGGACUUGGAAGCGAAUCUGAAGAAUCAAAAUGUAUGCAAAUUGUCUUUCCCGUCAACGUCGCAGCUUCAUGAAAUGGUUCUGACUGUUUGCCCUCAAGAAGGUAUUUAUCGGGGAGGUGUCUUCAAAUUCUCAAUCUCCGUACCUCCAGAAUACAACAAUGUUCCGCCGACGGUGAAAUGUUUGACUCGAGUUUUUCAUCCAAAUAUCAACGAAGAUGGCAGUAUCUGUCUUUCAAUCCUUCGCGAAAACUCAUUGGACGCUUUUGGAUGGCGACCGACUAGGAACCUAACCGAGGUGAUUCACGGGUUGUCUUCAUUAUUCACCGAUCUGAUUGACUUCGACGAUGCACUCAACAUGCAAGCGGCACAGUUAUGGUCGACAAAUCGUGAACAGUUCACACAUCGUGCACGUGAAUACAUUGCCAAAUACUGUGACCGUCGCUAGACGAAAACCGAAACUCACUAUGCAUCAGUUUUCAUCUCGAGAAUUUUGCAAAUCGCCCAGUGCUGUAAAAACAUCAUCCCCAAGUUUUUGCCUGUAGAGUAUAACAAUCAAUAAAUUUGUCGUG